AUGGGUGCUGAAGCUGAAGAAGGAGGUGCUUCAAUUACUUCAGUAUAUGCUACUAUGAUAGCUAGUUGGCUCACACCGUCGUGUCUAUUCAUCUUGCUCAACCUUGUCAUCGGCACCAUCGCUAUCACCUCUCGUUCCGCUUGUCAAAAAAGAAGGCAACUCGACUCGUGCGGCGCCCCUUCCCCCUCCCUGCUAGACCGAGUCACCUCCUUCGGACUCGGUUGCUGUAAAAUCAAACCAGCAGCAACCGUGUCAGAAUCCCAGAGGAGCGUUGUUGACCCGGUCCAGAACAGCGACUCGCCCCGGCUCAACCGGGUCCCCUCGUCCUGUGAAAUUGCGAACCCUGCAGCUCCGGACCGGGACCCGAAUGAGCUAGGCCAGAAUCAACUUCCCUGCGAUGGGCUCGACCAGGUCCCCUCCUGUGAAACUGAGAGCCCUGCAGCUCCGGACUGGAAUCAACUUCCUCGCGCUCCAUCGUUCCUAGAGCGGAUUGUGUCUCUGAAUUUCCGAAGAUCAGAUUCGGUGAAAUCCGAGAAAGGAUCCGGACCCGAUGUUACGGGGUUAAUGGAAGAGGAGAAAGGCGUGGACGCGAGGGCUGAUGAUUUUAUCAAAAGCUUUAAGCAGCAAUUGAGGAUGCAGAGGCUUGACUCCAUUCUACGUUACAGGAACAUGCUCCGAAGAAAUUGA